AAGACAGAAAGUCCGUUGGAACCGUCUGCUGCUCCCUGGUCCCUGGAGAUGAGGCAAGAGGACUUGGGGACAGCUGAGGGGACACGGCCCAGAUGAUCUGGUCCUGGCAGAAGUGACUGGCAGGGACCAGGAUGCUGGAGGGUCAGCUCGAGGCCGGGGAGUCCAAGGAAGGCACCCACCCAGAGGACCGGUGCCCAGGAGCUGGGGCUGCCAUGGAGAAGACAGCUGCGGCAGCCGAGGUCCCCAGCGAGGACGGCAAUGGCGGGGAGAUGCCGUCAUUACAGCAGCAGAUCACCAGACUCCACCAAGAGCUCAGGAGACAGGAGUCGCUGUGGGCUGAUGUUCACAGAAAACUCCAGAGUCAUAUCAAUGCCUUGAGGAAGAAGAACCUGGAGCUCCGAGAAGAGCUGAGAAGUCUGCAGCGGCAGCAGUGGGAAGCCAGGAAGAAGCCUGCAGCGUCCCCACACGCAGGGCGAGAACCACACACUCUGGCAUUGCAACCUGCUUUUGGAAAAAUUUCACUUCUGUCAGCUGAUGAAGAGACAAUGCCCAAACACGCUGGCCGCAAGAGUCAGAGUGCCACUCUCCCGGGACAGAGAUCGUCACCUAACAACUUAGCUCCUCCAAAGGUGACCCUUCGUGCUUAUCGAAUUAACUCAGGGAAAACACCACCACAGGAAGAUAGAGAGAAAAGUCCUCCUGGGAGACAUCAGGACAGAAGUCCAGCACCCACUGGAAGGCCGACUCCCAGUGCAGAAAGACGGGGGGUGUCUGAAGACGGAAAGGUUAUGCAUCCAUCUUCCCGAAGUCCACAAAACUCCAGUGGCAGAAAAUCACCAGUGGAGGCUUCCCAGGCCGCCACGCUGCAGGAGCAGACGGCAGCAGCCGGAGGAGCUGAUGGAAGCUCAUCAGUCUUAGAGAGUUCUGAAGCUGGAUUUCUCAGCCACGUUCAACCUGACGAGUUGGCCUGUUCUUCCCCAAACAUUGCAGACUGCAGAAUCUUCCUGUAAACCCACCAUCUUCCCUGGAAAUAGCACAGCCCGUGGUCACUAAGAUGAAAAAGGAGGAAGUACAGGAAGAAAAACAACAUCCAAAUGCCAAGGCAGAUGACUGCCGGCGGUCCGAUCUCCCCAAGUGAGUUUCAAGGAGCUCUGCACGCCGCUCCCUCCAGACAGGCCAGGGGGCCCUGACCUGGGGGCCAGGCGUUUCUAGCAUUGCUGACUGCCAGUUUAUUUCCAGUAAAUAAAGCAAUAGACUUUUCAG